AUGCUGAUGUUGAAGUUACAUCCCUGGCACCUGCCUAAGUCAACAUCCCCAGACUCCAGAUAUAGGGAAAUGUUCAACAGAAGUCAACUCACCCCAGAAUAUUUUCUGCUGACUGGCCUCCCUGGGCUGGAGGCACAUUACCCUUGGUUUAUCUUCCCAUUCUGCUCUACAUAUCUCGUGGCCCUUGUGGGCAACAGUCUGAUCCUGGUAGUGAUCAAGAAAAGCACCUCUCUGCACCAACCGAUGUACCUGUUUCUUGCUAUGCUGGCCUUUGCAGAGCUUGGUGUUUCUGUUUCUACACUGCCCACUGUGCUGGGCAUCUUCCUUCUUGGUGCCAGUGAGAUCUCCUUUGCAGCCUGCCUUUUACAGAUGUUCUCCAUACAUUCCUUUUCCAUCAUGGAAUCAGGAGUUCUGCUGGCCAUGUCUGUGGACCGCUUUGUGGCCAUCUAUAACCCGCUGCGGUACACUGCUAUCCUGACCGUGCCCCGUAUUGUUGGUACCGGUGCUGCUCUUGGACUGAAGAGUGUGAUACUCAUGUUCCCACUGCCCUUUCUCCUGAAGCGUCUGCCCUUCUGUGGCCACAAGGUCCUCUCCCACUCCUACUGCCUUCACUCAGAUCUAAUCCAGCUGCCCUGUGGGGACACUCGGCCCAACAGCAUUCUGGGACUCUGCAUCGUUACUUCCACUUUUGGUCUGGACUCGCUGCUCAUCGUCAUUUCUUAUGUACUGAUCCUCUACACAGUGCUGGGCAUCACCUCUGGGGAGGGACGGCGGAAGGCCCUCAACACAUGUGUAUCACAUAUCUGUGCGGUUCUCGUGUACUACGUGCCCAUGAUCAGCGUGGCUCUGGUGCACCGCUUCAUGAAGCACGCUGCCCCUGCUGUCGGUCUAUUGCUGGCCAAUGUCUAUCUUCUGGUGCCUCCUGUGCUCAAUCCCAUCAUCUAUAGUGUUAAGACCAAGCAGAUCCGCCAGGGACUAAUCCACCUUUUUGCAUCAAAGGAAAUAAUAAGGGGUCAGUGUCAAUGA